CCCACGUUGUCUUCUGUUCACACGUGACAUCACUUCCUGUGCAGAGCUUCCAGAGGUGUUCCUCCUCCAGAAGACGCCAUCCUCUCCAGUCACCUGCAUGGCGACAGGUUUCUACCCCGACUUAGCCGACCUGUUUUGGAGGAAAGACGGCGAGCAGAUCUUUGAGGACGUGGAGCACGGAGAGCUGCUCCCCAACCACGACGGAACCUUCCAGAUGUCGGUGGAGCUGAAAGUGGAGGUGACGGCCGAGGUGGAGGGCAAGUACGAAUGUGUGUUCCGGCUGUCUGGCGUCAAGGAGGACCUGGUCACCAAGCUGGAGAGAAGAAGCAUCCUGAGCAACGCAAGCCAUGAAGACAACUGGAGCGUCGCCCUCGCUGCCACGGCGGCGGUCGUCGCUGUGGCGGCCGUCCUGGCGGCCAUCAUCAUCGUCAUGGUCAGGCGUCACAGAAACAGACAAGGUGAGGGACACCAAUGUCCUCUGUCUUCUUCUUCUUCUUCUCGGUCCAGGCCGUGAGUUGAUGCUUUCAUCCGGGCUGCAUGUUUUAGUUGCCUUCCAGCCAAACACUCAAAGAUCCACAGAGACAGAGCGCACACUCUCACAUAGAAAGACGUGAGGAAAAAGUCCAUUUCACCUUGUUUCACUUUCAUUUCAGCCCAGUACGAUCCAGCUCGUAAGUAAAACAUCUUUUCUUUGAGCCGCAAGAAACAAAGCUGUGGUGAAGCGUCACUCACAUGGAGGUCUGAUGUGGACCUUUGUUACAAGUUUAGCCUGAAAAUCCCAACUUGAGCUGACUCCUUCACAAUAAAAGACCCUCCUGUGAGCACACGCAAUACAAAGUGUGGCAUAUCUCACGUUUGACAUGAGUCCUCAUGAUGAGGAUCAGCCAAAUGAGACCUCAAGUGUGCUGACUCAUCAAGAAGGUAUCCUAGUCAGGAAGUAGAAGAGCAGCACUCUGCUUCUUCAUGUUUCCAAGUCACACCUCAAAGAUCUGAUGUGAGUGACGAGGCACCUUCUGGAUGUUCUUCCUUCACCGUUUGCGUUUGUCCCGCAGCUCGCCACGGCGGCGUGGAGCUCUCCGAGAAGGUGGCGGCUGAAGGCUGAGAUGCUUUGUGCACUGGAACACAGAGAGAUGUCUCCAUCGCUGAGGGACGUCAUGGAGAUGUGCUUUGUUUUUCAUCCCACUGCUCCUCACGCUAUUCCAUCUAUUCUUCUUUGGCCGUUAAAAUACUUUCAACAUCAAACGUUGGUGGCUAGAAAAUCAUUCGGGGCUCACGUUUCAUGGCCUUGACAUCAUGACGAGGAUUUCUUCUUUCUUUGAAUGGCCGCUGCUUAUGAUCAAUAUCACAUUGUGUCACAUCUCUGUCAAUAAAUCCGUUUGUUCUCCA